AAUCAUACUUAAUGCAUGUCACCGGAAUGUUUGUUUGUGUUUUGUGCAAUUUACAUCGGUCGACUGGAUGCUGCAGUAUUUUCAUGGUUUAUUUAAGGUCACUGUAUCAACCGCAGAAGAUAUACACAGCUUUAAACGAUCGAUUUUACCAGUCUGCACCAGUUUGCCAGAUCAGCUUCACUCUGUGCCCUGAAGCCGAGAGUAUUUGCAGACCUUCGAGACUAUUUAAUAUUUUUGUUCUGUGAAGUGAUCUCAAGAAAAGUAGUGAAGUAUUUAAAUACAUUAAUAUUAUAUUGCUUUUCUAAUGGAGUAAAAUAUCAGGAGACGAGAUACAAAACUUGGAUAGCUACAAGAUGGACAGUCAGCCAGCAAUCUACCUUCAGCAAGAAACAAGGACAGUUUUGCCAAAAAGCACAAUGCAAAACGGAUCCAGUUCUGAAGUGAAUUGCAAGAGUCACCAAUUUCCAGUCAGCAAAAACCAUGUGUCCAGUGCUUGUCCGAACCUGGUCAAAGUGAGUGAGGUGGACAGUAACAAUACGAAGCAAAUGGGGCCUAGUGGAGUUCAGGAAGAAUUUCAGCCCCUUGAAGUGGAGACAGAGCAGCAGGAUCAAAAUCCAGACCAGCCACUGAAAAGACCGGACGGCUGGGAGGAGUUCGAGCACGACACGAAGUGUGGUAUAGGAGGGUACGAGCCACAGUGGCUCCAGAAAUUAGCAAGCAAGAAGAGCUAUGUUCUUAUGUACGGUCUCAUUGGGAUGUUCCACUUAAUCAUUGGCUCUUACUUUGUGGCCACCAUCAGCACAAUAGAGAAAAGGUUCAAAAUACCAAGCAGGACCUCUGGCCUCAUAACAUCAGCAGUGGAUAUCGCGGGUCUGUUUUCGUCCUUCCUGAUAUCGUAUUUGGGAAACAGAGGUCACAAGACUCGGUGGGUCGCCAGCGGGACACUUCUGGUUGGUUUGUCCUGCUUUAUGCGGCUAGUUCCCCAUCUCAUAUUCGGCCCCGGGCAAGACGCUCUCGAGCUGACUGAAGAAUAUGGCACCUCUCACCACACAGCCGUUGGAAAUUUUAGUAGUAUCAAUGAAGACUCCCAAGCCUUCGUGUGCAGGAGUGAGUAUGAGGAUGAGGAAGAUUGCUCCGUGGACAGCUUAUCCUCCAUCCCAUCUAUAAUCUUCUUUGUCUCAUUCUUAAUACAUGGGAUAGGAACCUGCGCGUACUACAACCUGGGUAUGUCUUACCUUGAUGACAACAUCCGCAAGAACAAGACGCCAAUCCUGCUGGCUAUAUGGCAGUGUAUACGGAUGUUGGGGCCUACCAUAGGGUACCUAUAUGGGUCAUACGCUCUUCAAAAGUAUGUGGCUGUGUCUGUUCACCCAACAAUAACAAUUGAUGAUCCACGAUGGAUAGGAGCCUGGUGGCAUGCAUGGGGCCCAUUUGGUGUGAUGUGCCUCAUACUGGCCCUGAUGUUUGCGCUGUUCCCAAAGAAAUUGCCCCGGGCAGCCCAGAGGACAAUGGCGGAAGUCGCAGAAGGGAAACUCACAAACAGGACCACUGGAAUAUCAUUCUUUGACUUCAAGAUGGUGCUUCGUCGUCUGACAAAGAACAAGGUUCUGCUCUUCAAUUCCUUUAGCUCAGUUUUCUACAUGUUUGGAUUAACUGGCUACUGGACGUUCAUGCCCAAAUACAUGGAGACACAGUUCAGGCAGUCUGCUUCCAGAUCCAGUCUAUUAACAGGUACAGUGGGUCUAAUCUGCUCAGCACUGGGUAUCAUGGCGUCAGGUGCUGUGAUAUCAAAGUUCAAACCCAGGCCUCAUUAUUUGGCAGGUUGGAAUGUGAUAGUUGAAGCAAUGGAUGUGAUUGGCCACUUCUCUUACAGUUUCUUAAGCUGUACUGUCGAUGAUCUUCAUGGGGAUAUGAAGCCUGACCAUAGCUGGGAUCUAAUAGCAGACUGCAAUACCGACUGUGACUGUGGGCCCACCCUUAAGUAUUCUCCAGUUUGUGCAAUAGAUGGUAGUAAUACCUUCUACUCUGCCUGCCAUGCUGGAUGCACGACUUUGGAGAUAGUAAAUGGUACCAAGAUGUAUGGGAACUGCAGUUGUAUAGGUUCAGAAGGAAUGGGGUGGGCAGUGGAUGGUGCGUGUCAAGUAGACUGCUCUACCAACUUUACCAUAUUCCUGGUAACUCUGUGCAUUAUGCAAUUCCUCUCAGCAUCAGGCAGGGCAGGCAACACAAUCAUACAGUUCAGAUGUGUUGAUCAAGAUGACAAAUCCAUGUCUAUUGGCUUUACAGAGGCCCUGCUUUGUGCUCUUGCCUUCAUUCCAGGUCCUAUUGUUUACGGCGUGUUACUAGAUUCAGCGUGCAUAGUCUGGGGACAGACGUGUGGAGAAACGGGCAACUGCUGGCUCUAUGAUGGACAGAGGCUAGGGUUCCUUCUCAAUUUCACUGCAUCAGGUUUCCUUCUGGGUGGCACACUGCUAGACAUAGGAGUGUGGUACAAUGUAAAAGAUCUUCAGAUAUAUGACAAAGAAGUUGAGACAGGCAACAUGAAAAAGAAAAAGACUAAGAAGAAUACAAGAGAAGAACAGGAGAGGAUAGAUCAAUUGAAUGAGCCCUGUGAAUUCCCUCUGCUAUAACAUAUGUAGAAUACUGUAAAAUUAUCUCAUUGUAGACUCUUUUAUAUGUUGCGUAGCAUUGUCAUGAUUGGGUUAAUGUUUCACACAUUUGAUUUUGCCAUUAAGAAAUUCUGUAAAUGAUUUAAGGUUUGCCAGAAUAGGCCAUCUUCUUUAUUCCUAAAGUGCCAAAUUGUGAUAUAAAAAAUUAGAAACCAAACAUCAGUACCAUAAAGUGGUGCUUGAUACUGGCCUUACCUCUUGAAUUCCAAUCAGGCACUCUGGCAGGUCCCAGUUUUAUUUCGGUUUUCUAGGGUCAGUUUGAAUUCUGUUGGUCAUUUGUGAAAAUGUUGACCUAUUCUCAGGCUAUACUGUCUAAGUCUCAACAUCUUGUUACCAAAAAUAAGUUUAACCAAAUCAAUCAACAGUAUUAAAUCUCAGUCAAAAUAAACAAUUAAUCAAAUGAA